CCCGGGUGGGGCUCAUGGGCCUGCGCUGGUGCGACCCGUGGGAUAGCGGUCUGCGGGCUCUUGCCUUCCACGUGGGGCUUGCUCACCGCGGCAGAGAACGUACAGGCUUGUAGGCGGGCGUUUCCCCGGCAGAGCUGUGCUGCUGAGCCUCCGGUUCCAGCUGCUGUGAAAGCUCAGUCAGGAAAACUUCCCAUCUGCAUGCCUGACUGUACUCUGAUGCGUACCUGUUCCCUACUGAAGGUUGACACCAGCCGAAUUGUUCAUAUCCAUUCUGUGAUCAUCCUGCGCCGCUCUGAUAAGAGAAAAGACCGUGUGGAAAUUUCACCAGAGCAGCUUUCAGCUGCUUCUACUGAAGCAGAGAGGUUGGCUGAAAUGACAGGACGUCCCAUGAGAGUUGUGGGCUGGUAUCACUCUCACCCUCAUAUUACUGUCUGGCCAUCACAUGUUGAUGUCCGCACACAAGCUAUGUAUCAGAUGAUGGACCAAGGUUUUGUAGGGCUUAUCUUUUCCUGCUUCAUUGAGGACAAAAAUACAAAGACAGGCAGGAUUCUCUACACAUGUUUCCAGUCCAUUCAGGCCCAGAAGAGCUCAGAAUACGAAAGGAUUGAAAUUCCUAUUCAUGUUGUCCCCCAUGAAACCAUUGGGAAAGUGUGUCUGGAAUCAGCUGUAGAGCUGCCCAAAAUCCUUUGCCAAGAAGAGCAAGAUGCCUACAGGAGAAUUCACAGCCUCACCCAUCUGGACUCUGUAACAAAGAUUCAUAAUGGCUCAGUGUUCACAAAGAACCUCUGCAGCCAGAUGUCUGCUAUCAGUGGUCCACUCCUUCAGUGGCUGGAGGACAGACUAGAGCAGAACAAACAGCGGGUGCAGGAACUGCAGCAGGAGAAAGAGCAGCUCCUGGAGGAACUAGCUGCUUUAGAGUGAAGGAGGAAAUGCAGACCCUUCAGAAAAAACUAAUGAAAAAAACUCUACAAGACCUCCUCCUGGCUGAAGGAUGGCCCUAUAUUGCCUUACAGUGAAGAUACUAGCUGUGCCUCACCUCUUGCCCCAUGCAGCAAAGAGUACUUCUACAGGAUAAGGGCUUUAUCUGCCCCAGCUUGAUGGAAAGCAGUGGUAUCUCUCCAGGUGCUGCAUGAUGCAGUGCAAUUCUAGCUCAGUGGGGGGGUUGGGCAGUACCUGAAGAGACUUCAGUUCUGGAAGGCACAUACCUAGGGAACAUGUUUCUUCCUCCCCUAUGUUUUGACGGAAGUCUUACUGCUUUACAUGUAUUCCAGGAGCCUAGAACAGAAGGGUAAGAGGGGAAAAGUGUCUGUGCAGUCAAUAUCUGAUGCUGCCAACUUCUGCUGCCUUUUAGUAGUUUCAGUUGACCGUGAUCUUACAUCUAGUAAUGUUCUGGAUUACUGGUUAUCCACCCAGGCAGGUAAGAAGUGGGAGGGAAGCUUGGGAAGCGACCAGGAAGAACUUUGACAUAAGAUCUGUGUUCAGCAUACUUCAAACCAAAUAAAGAAUUCCAAAGCCAGAGCUGUUUGGAGUUGAAAUGAAAUGGAUGCUACAAAGUGUCAGUGCCUCUAUUUUUGGACACAGUCUGUAUUCUCCAUGUAAUGCUGUUGCAUGCCCAGCACUGAGGUUCUCUACAAAAUGGACUUUCUGCUGGCUUAGUGGGAGGAGCGUGGUUCCUUCCCAGAGGGAAAAAGUUUAAGAUGCUGAGAAUAGAACUGAUAGAUAUGCAAACCUGUAAUUUUUACAUGCUGAACUUAAUUGCAGAAACUUCAUUAGACUGAAAUGGAACAAAAUACCUGUUGUUGAACUAAUCCUUUAAAUGUUCUUGCUGUUGCAUUUCAGAGUAUCCCCCCUCAUGUACAUCAUCUGCAUUCUGUUAUGUGAAGUCUGCCUCAUAAACAAAGGAACCAAUACCACAGUUAAAACUUA